AUGGGUAAAAAGAAUCGUGAAAAGAAUACAUCGAUAACAACAUCAUCAUUAGUUCGUCAACAAGAUCAAACAUUUGAAUAUUUAACUAAAACAUUCAAUCGUAAAGAUGGACCAAUUCAGUCUAUAUGUGAUAUUACUCGACCACAUGUCGAUUCCUUUAAUUGGAUGCUUAAAGAAGGUUUAAUGAAAGCUGCUAGUACCAUUUUACCAUUAGAAUUUGAAACAAAUACAAAAUUACGAAUUAAAUUAAAAUUUAUUAGUUUGGAAAUUGCUCGACCUAAAGUAAAAGUUAUUGCCGGUGCUAAUCGAUUAAGUCAUUAUGUAUAUCCUGCUGAAGCUCGUAUGGGUAAAGGUACUUAUUCAGGAACACUACAUGCUCGUAUUCUUGCUGAAAUUUUUGAUCAAAAUGGUAAAUUAAUUGGACGUGAAUCAUAUGAUCGAAAUCUUGGUUCAAUACCAGUUAUGAUUCGAAGUGAUGCAUGUAAUUUAGCAAAUAUGAAUACAAAAGAAUUAUGUUCUAAAUAUGAAGAACCAAAUGAAACUGGUGGUUACUUUAUAGUUAAAGGAUAUGAACGUAUUUUACGUUUAUUAACCAUGACAAGACGAAACUAUCCUAUGGCAAUGUCUCGUGGACGAUGGCGACAACGUGGUCCAGGAUUUACAGAUCGUGGUCUUCAAAUUCGUUGUUUAUCAGAUGAUCAACGAGGCAUUGAAAAUACACUUCAUUAUUUGGAUACCGGUGCCAUUACAUUAGCUUUUAUGUUUCGUAAAGAAAUGUAUUUUAUUCCUGUUGUUAUGAUUCUCAAAAUGUUAGCCGAUGAUAAUACAUCUGAUCGAGAAAUUCAUGCAAGUCUCAUGCGUGGUGCUUAUAAAAAUAAUAGUGCUUUUGAUAAUAAUAUUAAAUAUAUGCUUCGUCAAUUACAAAAAACAUAUUGGUGUGAACAACCAUUAAUAACACGUCAAUCUAUAAUUGAUUAUGUUGGUUCACAUUUUCGUACACGUUUACAACGACCAUCAUGGCAUACAAAUGCUGAUAUUACACGUUAUUUAAUUGAUAAUUAUAUAUUAAUUCAUUUAAAAAAUGAUAAAGCUAAAUUUAAUAUGUUAAUAUUUAUGAUUCGUAAACUUUUUUCAUAUGUACGUGAUGAAUGUAAAGCUGAAGAUCAAGAUGCACCAUCAAUGCAUGAAAUUCUUUUACCUGGACAUGUUUAUUUAGCAUUAUUAUCAGAACGAUUAGAAACAUGGUUAAUAUCUUUGCGUGAAACAUUUUUAAAAUUAAAUAAAAGUAGUAAAACAUCAAACGAUACAUCAAUACCUACAAAACUUCGUCUGGCAAUGGAUACUAUUGAUAAAGAUCAAAUAGCUAAAGCUUUUGAACAUUUUUUAGCUACUGGAAAUCUUAAUUCAAAAACAAAUCUUGGUUUAAGACAGACAAGUGGUUUUUCUAUUAUUGCUGAACGUUUAAAUAUUCUUCGAUUUAUAUCACAUUUCCGUUCUGUUCAUCGUGGUGAUGCAUUUACUGAAACAAAAACAACAUCAGUUCGAAAAUUACUUCCUGAAGCAUGGGGUUUUCUAUGUGCUGUUCAUACUCCUGAUGGUUCUCUAUGUGGUUUACUCAAUCAUCUAUGUAUGACAUGUCAAGUAACACAAGAAACAGCAACUAAUACAUCAAUUGAAGCUCUUAUUGAUACAUUAAUUUCAUAUGGUAUGCGACGUGUACCAUCAAUUGAUAUUGAUUGUUAUGAUGUUAUUCUUGAUGGACAAGUUGUUGGAUUUAUUGAUGAUAAUCGAGCAUCAUUAAUUGCUGCACAACUUCGUUAUGAUAAAGUAACAGGAAAUCGUCGUCGUUUUGGUGUAUCUGAAUAUAUAGAAAUUGUUUUAAUUCCAAAAGAAAUUCAUGGUUUAUAUACACUUUAUCCAGCUUUAUUUAUUUUUACUACACCAGCACGAAUGAUACGACCAGUAAUGAAUUUAAUAACAAAAACAACGGAAUAUAUUGGUACAUUUGAACAAGUUUAUCUCGGAAUUUGUAUAACUCAUGAUGAAUUUGCACCAGGCUAUACAACUCAUCAAGAAUUAGAACAAUACAAUUUUUUAUCAAUAACAGCUAAUUUAACACCAUUUAGUGAAUAUAAUCAAUCACCACGUAAUAUGUAUCAAUGUCAAAUGGGUAAACAAACAAUGGGUACACCAACAUUAGCAUAUAGAAAACGUAAUGAUAAUAAAUUAUAUUAUAUUACAACACCACAAGCACCACUUGUACGAACACGUGUUUAUAAUCAAUAUGCACUUGAUGAUUAUGCUAUGGGUACAAAUGCUAUUGUUGCUGUACUUUCUUAUACAGGAUAUGAUAUGGAAGAUGCUAUGGUUAUAAAUAAAAGUUCAAUUGAACGAGGUUUUGCUCAUGGUGCUAUAUAUGCAUCUGAAAUGAUCGAUUUACAAGAAUUAAUUACUGAUAAAAUUGAUCAAGGCAAACAUCCGCUUAUUUUUACAUUAGAUACAAAAAAUCCACAUUGGCGUCAUUUAGAUGCUGAUGGUUUACCUGUUAUUGGUUCAACUAUACAACCAGAUGAAGUUCUUUGUUGUUAUUUAAAUACAUUAACACAAGAAUAUAGAACAAUACGAUAUCAUAAAAAAGAACCAGCACAUAUUAUGUCAGUUACACUUGUUGGUGAUGAAGAUGGAAAAUUAUUAAAAUCAAAAGCAUGGAUUAUGUAUCGUAUUAUGCGUACACCAAUAAUUGGUGAUAAAUUUUCGUCACGUCAUGGUCAAAAAGGUGUUUGUUCACGUUUAUAUCCAGCUGAAGAUUUACCAUUUACAGAAUCAGGUCUUGUACCUGAUAUUAUAUUUAAUCCACAUGGUUUUCCAUCUCGUAUGACAAUUGGUAUGUUAUUAGAAUUUAUGGCAGGAAAAUCAGCUGUUUUACAUGGUUUAUCUCAUGAUGGUACACCAUUUCAAUUCAAUGAUGAUUAUCCAGCUGUUGAUUACUAUGGACAAUUAUUAAAAGCUGCUGGAUUUAGUUAUUAUGGAACCGAGUCAAUGUAUAGUGGUACAACUGGUCUUCAAUUUGAAGUUGAUAUAUUUAUUGGUGUUGUUUAUUAUCAACGUCUUCGACAUUUAGUUAGUGAUAAAUUUCAAGUUCGUACAACUGGUCCAGUUGAUGCAUUAACAAAUCAACCAGUUAAAGGUCGUCGUCGUGAAGGUGGUAUACGUGUUGGUGAAAUGGAACGUGAUGCAUUACUUGGUCAUGGUGUUGCUGGUAUUCUUCUUGAUCGUCUUCUUCAUUGUUCAGAUGAAACACGUGCAUAUGUAUGUACACGUUGCGGAUCAUUAUUAUCAUUAGUGAAAACUAGACUUGGUUAUGUAUGUCGAUAUUGUUGUGGUUCAUCAACAAAUACUGUACAACGUGUAACAAUACCAUAUGUAUUACAAUAUCUUAUUGCUGAACUUGCUUCUGUUGGUAUUAAAACACAUUUUGAUACACAAUCAGUUGUAAGCUGUUUUUUAGUGAAUGACAAAGAUAAAAAACAAAAGAAAGUUCCGAACGAAGAUGAAAAUAAAAACGAAACAAGAAUUAAUAUUCCACCACCAUCACCACCGGAUGGAAAUUGGAAAACGAUUGAUAUUGAAGUUUUGUAUGAUAAAGAAAAAUGUGAUUUAAAUCGAUUCGAUUUAGAUACUGUUUAUAAAAUACUUGAAUCAUCACCAAAAGGUCUUACUGAUGAUCAAGUUAAUGAACGCAUCGAAAAAUUUGGUGAAAAUAAAAUUGAACAUAAAGAACGACAUCCAGUUAUUCAAUUUCUUCUUUUUAUGUGGAAUCCGCUUUCCUGGGUAAUGGAAGUUGCUGCUAUUGUUUCUAUUGCUUUAAGUAAUGGUGAUGGUGAACCACCUGAUUGGCCUGAUUUUGUUGGUAUACUUUUACUUCUUUUAAUUAAUGCUACAAUUGGUUAUAUUGAAAAAUAUCGAGCUGGUAAUGCUGUUAAAGCAUUAAUGGCUUCAUUAGCACCUGAAUGUCGUGUCAAACGUAAUAAUAGUUCAUGGACAACAAUGGAAGCCAGUCAACUUGUACCUGGUGAUAUUAUUGCUAUUAAAUUAGGUAAUAUUGUACCAGCUGAUGCUCGAAUAAUAUCAUCAUUAGGUGGAGUUAUAUCAGUUGAUCAAGCAGCAUUAACUGGUGAAUCAUUACCAGUAACAAAAGAAAUAGGUGAUAUAUUACUUUCAUCAACAACAUGUAAACAAGGUGAAUGUGAAGCAAUAGUUAUAUCAACAGGAAAAUAUACACAAUUUGGUCGUGCUGCUCAAAUUGUUAGUGGAUCAAAAGAUGAAAUGGGUCAUUUACAACAAAUUUUAGCUAAAAUUGGUAAUUUUUGUAUUGUUGGUAUUUCUAUUUUUAUAAUUGCUGAAAUAAUUGUUAUGUAUGCUGGAUUUCGAUAUAGUUAUCGACGAGGUAUUAAUAAUAUAUUAGUUUUACUUAUUGGAGGAUUGCCUAUUGCAAUGCCAACAGUAUUAUCAGUUACACUUGCUAUUGGUGCAAAACAAUUAUCUCAUCAUAAAGCAAUCGUAACUCGAAUAACAGCUAUCGAAGAACUUGCUGCUGUAACUAUUCUUUGUUCAGAUAAAACUGGUACAUUAACACUUAAUAAAUUAAUUAUUGAUCGAGAAACAAUUACUAAAUAUGUCGAUAUCGAAAAUGAUGAUAUCAUUCGAUAUGCUGCUUAUGCUUGUAAUCGAGAAAAUCCUGAUGCAAUUGAUACAUGUGUAUUAGAAUCGUAUGGUAAUGCUGAUUCAAUAAAUGAUAUGAUUAUAGUUAAAUCAUUUAUUCCUUUUGAUCCAACAACAAAACGUACCGAAGUAACUUAUCAAGAUAAAUCUGAUUCAAAAAUUUAUCGAGUAUCAAAAGGUAUGCCUGAUACUAUAUUACGUUUAUGUGAAGCAACAGUGCAAGUUGAUAAAGUUCGACAAGAUGUUAAUGAAUUUGCUAAUCGAGGCUUACGUGGUUUAGCUGUUGCUUUAUCGAAUGAAAAUGAAAAUUUUAAAUUAAUUGGACUUUUACCAAUAUUUGAUCCACCAAGAAAUGAUACAGCUGAAACAAUAAAAAAAGCACUUGAAUUAGGUGUACAAGUAAAGAUGAUUACUGGUGAUCAAUUAGAAAUUGCUAAAGAAACAGGACGUCGUUUAGGUAUGGGUGAUACAAUGUAUGUGUAUGAAAAUUUAAUUCAUGACAGAGAUAAAUCAUCAAAUAGUGAAAAUGAAAUAAAUGAAAUAAUUCUUAAUGCUGAUGGAUUUGCUAGUGUUUUUCCUGAACAUAAACUUGAAAUAGUUAAAAGACUUCAAGAUAUGGGUCAUCUUGUUGCUAUGACUGGUGAUGGAGUGAAUGAUGCUCCAGCAUUAUCUAAAGCUAAUGUUGGUGUUGCUGUUGCCAAUGCAAGUGAUGCAGCUCGUUCUGCUGCUGCUAUAGUCUUAACUGAACCAGGUCUUUCUGUUAUUAUUGAUGCUAUACUUGGAUCUCGACAAAUUUUUGUUCGUAUGACAAGUUAUGCUAUAUACACAUGUUCAAUAACAAUACGUAUUAUUGUUUCAUUUGCUUUACUUAUAUUUAUAUUUCGUUAUGAUUUUCCACCAUUUAUGAUAUUAAUUAUGGCUAUAUUAAAUGAUGGUACAAUAAUGACAAUAUCAAAAGAUCGUGUUGAACCAUCACCACAACCAACUGCAUGGCGUUUACAAAGAAUUUUUAUAUCAGCUAUCAUUUAUGGUCUUUAUUUAUCGGCAUCAACAGUUGUUUUUUUUUCAAUUAUUACUCAAACAAAAUUUUUUCAAAAUCAUUUUGGCGUGGAUACAGGAAUACAAACAUCAGAUAAUACUUAUACACAUGCAUAUCUUCAUUCAAUAAUUUAUUUACAAGUAUCAUCAAUAAGUCAAGGUUUAAUAUUUAUAACACGUUCAAAUGGUUUCUGUUUUACUGAACGACCAACAUUAUUAUUAAUUGCUGCUUUUAUUAUAACACAAUUAUGUGCAACACUUAUUGCUGUUUAUGCUGAUUGGGCAUUUACAGAUAUACGUGGUUGCGGAUGGACAUGGGCAGCAAUUGUUUGGAUUUAUAAUCUUAUUUGGUUUGUUCCACUUGAUUAUAUUAAAUUUGGUCUUCAAGCUGUAUUUAGUCGUAGUUUACAUGCUGUAAAACCAUUUGAACAUAUACAUCGUCGUAUUAUUGCAUCAAAACACGCUAAAGCAACAGUUAUACCAUUAGAAAUAAUUCAAAAAAUCAUUGAUGAUCGUCGUGAACAAUUAAGACAAUUAUCACAACGUGAAGAAGUACAUGAAGUAAAACCGACAGCAUUCGAUCAAUUUACACAAAUUGGAUCUUCUUUUUAUUCACCUUAUACGGAUACAUUGUCAGUUUUAAGAAAACAAAAUCCACUAUUAAGAUCAAUAUCAUUAACUUAA